AUUCUUUAAAGUUUAGUACAAAUCAGAGCGUUUGAAUGGCGCACAAUUUCCCGCGUAAUUCCUGUUCCUCUCUCUUCUCGUUCAUCCAUUUUCCUUCCUUCUCUUACUUGCUCUUUCUCUCUCUUCCUCAUUACUUCAAUGUUCCGUCCGUUCCUUCUAUUUGACCUAGUCGAAAAGUGCUAAAGAAUAGUGUUUUCACGAAUAAUCGUAGAGGUUAGGAUUCACACACGCGGUUAAAUGUGUUUCUUAUCACUUUUAAGAAUUGUAAAGUAAAUUCUUUUGAUAUUAAAUCGUGAGAAAAAUGAAUGUAACAGAUGGACCGGGAUUUUCUCGUUAUGAGAUUUUGUUGCUAGCCGCAAGACUUUCCUUCGUAACUGCGGUGGGGUUUUUCACAAUGAAAUGGUUCGUCCAUCAACUUGAUCCUACGAAUGCAGCUAAGAAAAAAGCUAAAAAAAAAACUCGAGAACAAUUGCGUAAGCUUGCAAAGUCAGAUGGUGUUAUAUUAUCCGUCGAUAUGGAUCAGUUAACAGAUUAUGAAAUCAUAAUUGCUAGUCAUUUAGUCGAUCCUCAAGACAUCAAAGUAUCAUGGGAGAAUAUAGCUGGAUUAGAACAUGUUAUUCAAGAACUUAAAGAGACAGUUAUACUUCCUAUACAGAAGAAAGAGCUCUUUUUAGAUUCUCAAUUGACACAAGCUCCAAAGGGGGUCUUGCUACAUGGACCACCAGGCUGUGGCAAAACUAUGAUCGCAAAAGCUACUGCCAAAGAAACUAGAACUCGUUUCAUUAAUUUGGAUGUUAGUAUUCUUACCGAUAAAUGGUAUGGAGAAAGUCAAAAAUUGACUUCUGCUGUAUUUUCUUUGGCUGUGAAACUUCAACCAUGCAUCAUCUUUAUCGACGAAAUAGAUUCCUUUUUGAGAGCACGCAAUUCACAAGAUCAUGAAGCAACGGCUAUGAUGAAAGCGCAGUUUAUGUCAAUGUGGGACGGUCUAAUAACAGAUCCAUCUUGUACCGUCAUCAUAAUGGGAGCGACAAAUAGACCUCAAGAUUUAGACCGAGCUAUUCUUAGGCGUAUGCCUGCUACAUUUUACAUAGGAUUACCUAACGAAGAACAGAGAGUAGAAGUCCUAAAGUUAAUUUUACAGCAUGAACCGAUUGCAGACAACGUAGAUAUUAAAAAGAUAGCUAAAAUAUCAGAUGGUUUUUCUGGCUCAGAUUUGCAAGAACUAUGUAGAAAUGCAUCUAUAUACCGUGUCAGAGAUUAUCUACGAACACAUACGUACGAUCUAAACGAAACAUGUACUAGUGCUAGUACAGACGAAGAAGAAUUCCAUGAUACCGUACGUCCUAUAAUGAUGGAAGAUCUUCUUGCAUCCCAUAAAAAAUUAAAGGCAUCUAAAAUGCAUACAGGAACUUUAAAUCCUGUUAAGUUAGAUUUAGAUUAAAUACAAGAGGAUCGAGAUUGUUGGCAUGUAUAAAAUUAACUAAUUUUUAUUUAAUAAGUCAAAUUACGUUUAAUUAAACAAAGAUUUUGUUUAAACACUUUUAUAAUUGCGCUCUAUCUUUUUACGGUUGGUUAAAAUACCUGCAAAUUUUAUGAUAUAUCAUUAACAUCAAAUUGCAAUUGUUGCGAUAUGUGCACUUUAUGAAAAUUUUAUUUUAUUUUGUUUAUUUACUUUUCUUUUUUUUUUUUUUUUUUUUAUGAAACCACAGAAAGAAUCAUUGGACUUUCUCGAAAAAUGAAGUGUGUUCAAAAUAUUAAAUCAUCUUCCAUAUGUAUAUUUAAACUACCGAAUUACAUUUACAUAACAUCUUCCAAUCAUUCUAUUAUUGUUUUCAGAGUUUGCAUAAUAGUGAUGAAAAAAUGUAUUCGCAUAUGGAAAUUUGAUCAUUAGAAGUAUAAAAAUAUUUAUUGGUCGUUGAGGAAGGUGUACUUUUCGUGAACUUUGAAUUACAUAAUUCAUAAAAUCAGACAUCUUGUAUCAUAAAUGGCAACAUAAAACUGUUCUGAGUCCUAUUAAUAUAUAACUAAAUAUGUAACUAAAAAAAAAAGGCAAAAACAUGUAUGUAUCCAUUGUAUAGAAUUAAUUGUGUUUUUAAGAUAGAGAAAGAGGGGGGGAGAGAGAGAGAGAACAGUAAUAUAUUAUCUAAUAAUAUAAUCUCACUAAAAAUACAUAAAUGAAACUUAAGAUAACUACUUUUCCUUUUAAUUUAAAUGUUGUUGCAUCUUGGACAAAUCCAGAUUUAAGUAUUUUCUUUUCUAUAAUCUAUUAUUUUAUGAGAUUACACUAUCGUUAUAUUUAAAAUUAAAAUGACAUUUAGGUAAAGUAAAAUCAUAGUACAAUGAAAAAGAACAAAGUAAUAUUAUCAUAUAUAUAAUAUAUGUGUAUGGAUGAAUUAUGCAUGUAUGUAUGUAUGUUAGUACAUACAGUGUGAGAAAAAAAUCACUUCUUCUAAAAUAACUUUAAACUAUUUAUUUUUACAUUGCAACAUAAAAAUUUAUUUUUCCCUAGUUAAUUUACAAUUCGUUUUUUGAACAAUUAAAUGCAAAAUGCACGAUAACAAAAAUAUUGAAUAUUUAACAGCAAUACUGUUGCCUUAGUAACCGUAAUUACUAAGAUGCGGGCUUUUGUUUCACCCUGUGAAUAUAUAUGAUAAUAUUACUUUCGUGGAAUUAUAUUUUACGCAAAGUUUAUGUUUACGUAGUUAAAAAGGAAAAGAGAUUUUAUUUAUAAUAUUAUAUUUGAAAUUGAUCGAUCUUAUAUUAAUAUGUCUUAAUAGAAUGUAUGCGUAAUCUAAGAAAGUUUUGUCGAUUUAGGAACAUUGAUAGUUAAGUUUCAAUAUCUGAUACGUCAGUGAAAAGGUUUAUCUAUUCAAAUUUGCAGACAUUUUAAGAAAAAGAACUUUCAAAUAUAGCACAAAUUCCAGUGUUUUCAUAUCGAAACAAAAUACGAAAUAAACUAAUAUUAUCUUUAAUAUAACUAUAAUAUAAUAGACAGGGCUUUGUUUUCGAAUUACUGCAAAAGUUAAAUGUACGUAAAUAAAAGGAAGACAUUUUUUUAUA